UCUUUAAAUUCUUACCCACUUGGGCAGCUGGUGCACUCUUACCUGCCGGUCUGCAGCGAGCGCGCGCCGCCCUGCACGCCCGAGGAAGCCUGUCCUCUGCUUCAGGCGGGAAAUGCAGUUGCUGGAUUGCAACCCGGAGGUGGAUAGUCUGAGGCAUCUGCUGGAGGCCGGGGCCUCGGUCAACGCGCCCCCGGAUCCCUGCGAGCAGUCGCCUGUCCACUUGGCCGCCGGGGGCGGUCUCGCUUGCUUUCUUCUCUGGCAACUGCAAGCGGGCGCUGACCUCAACCAACAGGAUGUGUUUGGAGAAGCUCCCCUACACAAGGCAGCAAAGGUUGGAAGCCUGGAAUGCCUUAGUCUGCUUGUAGCCAGUGAUGCUCAAAUCGACCUAUGUAAUAAGAAUGGGCAAACAGCUGAAGAUCUCGCUUGGUCAUGUGGAUUUCCAGAAUGUGCCAAAUUUCUUACAACAAUUAAAUGUAUGCAGACAGUCAAAUCAAACGAACAGUCCAGUAGAGAUCAUUGUGUUCCAGUGCUCAGACAGAAACGAAGUUUUGGAAGUGUAGAAAAUACGAAUGGGAAAAGGAAGUGUUGAUGUCAUGUUGGUUAUGAAGAGGUCAGAAGAAGGCCCUCCCUUGAUGCAGGUCUGCUGCUCAGCUACAAGCUAGGACUUUUGGCUCACUAACGUGUGUCCUUCUAAGAAGGAGGAAAACUUUCUUCUAAGUGAAGAUCACAUUUCACAAUACAUGUAUUUACAUGCCUAUAAUAUUUUGGCUGUGCAUACUUUGUCUUUUAAAUUAUUAAAGGAAUAUCUAAAGAA